AUCAUUAUUAAAUAGUACUAUCAUUCAUUUAGCAACGAAACUCACCGAAAAUAUCUCCAACUUUUAUCUCUCUUUUAGUUUCCCCAAAACCAAAAAGUUUACCUUUUUAGGUUUCUCUACAGUCUCCACGCGUUUCUUCUUCUCUCUCUGUACGCGUUUUAUCAGUCUCCAUAUCUAAGGAGAGGUGAAAAUCGAUGUCGAAUCUGUUGGCUCUCGUCGUCGGAUUCGUAAUCGUAAUUGGUCAUUUGGGUAUUUUGGUAAAUGGGUUGGGUGUGAAUUGGGGAACAAUGGCUACACAUAAGCUACCUCCAAAGACAGUGGUUCAGAUGCUUAAAGACAAUAACAUCAACAAAGUUAAGCUUUUUGAUGCGGACGAGACAACCAUGGGUGCACUCGCUGGAUCGGGUCUUGAAGUGAUGGUCGCUAUUCCCAAUGAUCAGCUUAAGGUUAUGACUAGUUACGACCGAGCCAAAGAUUGGGUUCGUAAGAAUGUCACUCGUUAUAACUUCGAUGGUGGUGUCAAUAUCACGUUUGUAGCUGUUGGGAAUGAGCCAUUCCUCAAAUCAUACAAUGGAUCGUUCAUAAACCUCACAUUCCCUGCACUUGCGAACAUUCAAAACGCUUUAAAUGAAGCCGGACUAGGAAACUCUGUCAAAGCAACAGUCCCUUUAAACGCGGAUGUAUACGAUUCACCAGCAAGCAAUCCCGUUCCAUCUGCAGGAAGAUUCCGUCCCGAUAUCAUCGGUCAAAUGACUCAGAUUGUUGACUUUCUUGGCAAGAACAAUGCUCCCAUCACAAUUAACAUCUACCCUUUCUUAAGUCUCUAUGGGAAUGAUGAUUUCCCACUCAACUACGCCUUCUUCGAUGGUGCUGAACCGAUAAACGACAACGGUAUUGAUUAUACAAACGUUUUCGAUGCCAAUUUCGAUACUUUGGUGUCGUCUUUGAAAGCUGUUGGUCACGGAGAUAUGCCAAUAAUCGUUGGAGAAGUUGGUUGGCCAACAGAGGGUGACAAACACGCUAAUGCAGGCAGUGCUUACAGAUUCUACAACGGGCUUUUACCGAGGCUUGGAACAAACAAAGGAACUCCAUUGAGACCAACCUACAUUGAGGUAUACUUGUUCGGAUUACUCGACGAGGAUGCAAAAAGUAUAGCACCGGGACCGUUCGAACGCCAUUGGGGAAUAUUUAAAUUCGACGGGCAACCAAAGUUUCCUAUAGAUCUUUCAGGUCAAGGACAGAGUAAGUUCUUGAUUGGUGCACAAAACGUGCCGUAUCUACCCAACAAGUGGUGUACGUUUAAUCCAGAAGCCAAGGACUUGACAAAACUCGCGGCUAAUAUAGAUUACGCCUGCACUUUCUCUGAUUGCACGGCGCUUGGAUACGGAUCUUCUUGCAAUACUCUUGAUGCAAAUGGAAACGCGUCGUAUGCGUUUAACAUGUUCUUUCAAGUGAAGAAUCAAGAUGAGAGUGCUUGCUAUUUUCAAGGUUUGGCCACCAUUACAACGCAGAAUAUAUCUCAAGGACAAUGCAAUUUCCCUAUUCAGAUUGUGGCUUCCUCAGCCUCUUCUUUUUCUUGUUCGUCUUAUUCUUUGGUUGUGUUGAUCGUUUGGUUUCUGUUAUCAGGGAUGAUGUUUUGAGGUUAGAUUGAAUUUGUUGAACUUAGUGAGGUUUUGUGAGCCUAAUUGUUUUCUUACAGAUAUAUAUAUUACAAUGAUUCUUUUGUCCAUGUUCUUAGAAGUUGAAUCCUAGAUAAAUCGGAAUAUCCAGAUACUUGUUCUAUCGAUAUUUUAAUACAGUUUUACACUA